CUUCCUAUAAAUUCAUCUUAAUUUCCCCAAAACCCUAACCCUUGAAUACUAACCUUCGCACCGGCGUCUCAGAAAUCAACCAUGGGUAAGGUUCACGGAUCGCUUGCUCGUGCUGGUAAGGUUAGAGGGCAAACACCCAAGGUUGCGAAGCAGGAUAAGAAAAAGAAACCCAGAGGACGUGCACACAAGCGUAUGCAAUACAAUCGCAGAUUCGUCACUGCUGUUGUUGGCUUUGGUAAGAAGAGGGGACCAAACUCUUCUGAGAAGUAGAUGAGGACAUGAGUUACUUAAGCCAGAAAAGUUGUUUUCACCUUUGCUUUGUUUGUAAAUUUUGAUUCUCAGACAUCAUAAUGGGAGAAGACUAGUUUUACUACUGUUAUUUGUAGGAUGGAUGAGUACUUUUGUUUUUGGAAGAAUUAAUUGAAUUUUAUCCUGUCUUUUUUAUACUUCAUCAAAAUCAUUUUAAUUCA